AUGUCGAUACGAUCUGCGGCUAGUAGUCGAGCUAGUAGGAGACCUGACCCGGCCUACCAUGCAGCCGCGCCUAGCUCACAUAGUUCUGGAUCAUAUUUUUCGUCAAGAUCUAGGUCCGAAUCAAUUCUUUCUGGGACAAAUUAUACCGAACCGUAUGAGUAUGGUUCGUAUGGUUCCAGAUCAUCCGAUAGUGGCAGCGAAGUUUUGGAGGAACAUCACUCUACUGGCUCUCGUGCAUCUACUCACCAUCAGCUGUAUGAUGAGUCUGAGAGAAUACAUUCACGUAUGCAAGUUUUGGAAAAGAAAAUAGCACAUACACGACACAAAUGGGCCGACGGAAAAAUUAAUCCUCCUGACAUGCUGUUGAGGAUUGCAAACUACAGGCGGAGAUUAGAUAUGGUUGCGACUCCAGAUGCAUGUAGGGAUUCUUCGUUGAAGCUUAGAGUUGAUGAAGUGGAUGGCAAGUUGAAAGAAUGGGAGGUCGAGGCGAAUAUUCGGAGCACGCGAGAGGGAGAUGAAAUGCAGAAUAUGGCGAGGAAAGACGCAGAGAGAAGAGAGAAUAAGAAGAGAGAGAAAUCCGAAAAGCAACAACGUUUGAUGCGAGAAAAAGCUGCGGAGAAGAAAAGAAUCAGAGACGAGAAGGAGGCAAAGAAGAAGGAAAAAGCUGAAGAGGAGAAGCAGAAACGGAUUGAAAAGGAGAAGAAGAGAAAAGAUCACAAUGCUAAGUUUGCAGCAGCUAUGAAGGAAAAGGAGAGGUUGGAAAAGGAAGAAAAGAAGAAGAAGGAAGAGCAGCGAAUUAGAGAGGGAAAGAAAGCGUUAGAAAUAAGAAGAAGGAGGGAGAAAGCGACAAGAGAUCGAGAUGAUCGGCGGAAUGCUAGGGAUAAACAAGCAAGAGAAGCAGAGGAAGAGGCAAGAUAUCAAAAGAGGUUUGCAGAGGAAGAGACGAGGUAUGUGGCGAAAGAGAAUCUUCAAAAAAAGGCGAAGAAAGUACUAGGUGGUAGGGAAGAAGAGAGUAGGAAGAGAGAGAGAGAAAAGGCAAAUGCGUUUGCGAAGAAGGUGAUGGAUGAUCGGAAGAAGAAAUUGAGAAAUUUGAGGGCCAAGGUAUAUGAUAUGGAGGAGGAGUUAGGUUAUACUGAUAGCGAUAGCGAUGAUUAG